AUGAGGACUGUGAACACCUCCACCAUGGACCGGGCAGGGCUGGUGGUGGAGAGGGACUUCUCCUUCCGUAUUCUCACAGCCUGUUUCCUGUCACUGCUCAUACUGUCCACCCUCCUGGGAAAUACGCUGGUCUGUGCUGCCGUUAUCAGGUUCCGACACCUGCGGUCCAAGGUGACCAACUUCUUUGUCAUCUCCUUGGCUGUGUCGGAUCUCUUGGUGGCUGUCUUGGUCAUGCCCUGGAAAGCGGUGGCUGAGAUUGCUGGCUUCUGGCCUUUUGGGUCCUUCUGUAACAUCUGGGUGGCCUUUGACAUCAUGUGCUCCACUGCGUCCAUCCUCAACCUCUGUGUGAUCAGCGUGGACAGGUACUGGGCUAUCUCCAGCCCUUUCCGGUAUGAGAGGAAGAUGACCCCCAAGGCAGCCUUCAUUCUGAUCAGUGUGGCGUGGACCUUGUCUGUACUCAUUUCCUUCAUCCCAGUGCAGCUCAGCUGGCACAAGGCAAAACCCACAAGACCCUCUGAUGGGAAUGCCACUUCCCUGGGUGAGACCACAGACAACUGUGAUUCCAGCUUGAGCAGGACGUACGCCAUUUCAUCCUCCCUAAUAAGCUUUUACAUCCCUGUGGCCAUCAUGAUUGUCACCUACACCAGGAUCUACAGGAUUGCCCAGAAACAAAUACGGCGCAUCUCAGCUUUGGAGAGGGCAGCAGUCCAUGCCAAGAAUUGCCAGAGCACCACAGGUAAUGGAAAGCCUGUUGAAUGUUCUCAACCGGAAAGUUCCUUUAAGAUGUCUUUCAAAAGAGAGACUAAAGUUCUGAAGACUCUGUCUGUGAUCAUGGGGGUGUUCGUGUGCUGCUGGCUACCUUUCUUCAUCUUGAACUGCAUAUUGCCCUUCUGUGGGUCUGGAGAGACCCAGCCCUUCUGCAUUGAUUCUAUCACCUUUGAUGUGUUUGUGUGGUUUGGGUGGGCUAAUUCCUCCCUGAACCCCAUCAUUUAUGCCUUUAAUGCUGAUUUUCGGAAGGCAUUUUCAACCCUCCUAGGAUGCUACAGACUUUGCCCUACGACGAAUAACGCCAUAGAGACGGUUAGCAUUAAUAACAACGGAGCUGUAGUGUUUUCCAGUCAUCACGAACCACGAGGCUCCAUAUCCAAGGAAUGCAAUUUGGUUUACCUGAUACCACAUGCUGUGGACUCCUCUGAGGGCCUGAAAAAGGAGGAGGCAGGUGGAAUAGCCAAACCCUUGGAGAAGCUGUCCCCGGCCCUGUCGGUCAUAUUAGAUUAUGACACUGAUGUCUCUCUAGAGAAGAUCCAACCCAUCACACAAAAUGGACAGCAUCCAACCGGAACUCCUGGAUGA